CAGUCAUACAGAAACUGGAAGGCUCUUGAUGUGGAUGGAUCUUGACUUCAUGCUGCUAAUUCCCUGAAAUCUUCUGCUUAUCUUCUUCAGACUGAUGGAGUCUGCUUAUGGGGCUGUGCUGUUUUUGAUGCUUGUGACAGCAUCAGCAGCCCAGGAUGGUUGCAUAUGUCCAAUGAAUAUACGGACAACUUGUGAAAUGGAGUCUGGUAGCUGCAUCUGCAGGGUGCUUGGUUCAAACCAGAGGGUGAACUGUUCAACACUGACUUCAAAAUGUCUCCUCAUGAAGGCAGAAAUGUACAGAACACCUAGGCGUUUUCCAAAACCUGAACAUGCCUUUUUGGACAAUGAUGGACUUUAUGACCCUGACUGUGAUGCCAGUGGGAUCUUCAAAGCCAGGCAGUGCAACAAGACAGACACUUGUUGGUGUGUGAACAGUGCCGGAGUUAGGAGAACUGACAAGGGCGAUGACAAUAUGAGGUGCAGUGAGCUUGUCAGAACAAACUGGAUCUUAAUUGAACUAAAACAAAAAGAACGAGUAGAUCCCUUCCUCGAGGCUGAGGUAGAAAACAGUCUCCGGCAAUUCAUUCAGAACCGGUACCAGCUCCGUCAACAUUUCAUCCCGGCUGUCAAGUAUGACUAUCCAUUCAUUCAAAUUGAAUUGAAACAGGACCUUUUGCAGAAGACUUACCGAGAUGUUGAUAUUGCAGAUGUUGCCUAUUACUUUGAAAAAGACAUCAAACGUACCUCUCUUUUUCAUUUCAGUAAUGCAUUUAAUCUCUCUGUCAGUGGCGAACCUCUAGAUAUCGAAGAGAUCCUAAUCUACUAUAUUGAUGAAAAGCCACCAGAGUUCUCUAUGAAGCAGCUGACACCAGGCAUUAUUGCAGUGGUGGUUGUGGUAGUUUUGGCCUUUAUUACUGGGAUUACUAUGUUUGUAUUUAACAGAUGGCGGAAGACUGGAAAGUAUGAAAAAGUGGAGAUUAAGGAGAUGGGAGAAAUGAAGAGAGAAGAAAAUGCGUAGAUGGUUUGAUAUUUGAGAAAAUAGAAAGGAGAUAGCAAGAUCACUGUGUGCUUUUGAAAGGGGAAAAGGGCAUAGCUUUUCCUUAAAAAAUGAAAGAGAAAAGCAUCAAUUUUACAUAAUUAUCUGCAAGCAAUAAUGAAUAUUUAAAAUAUUUUUAAUACAGUAUAGUCUAUCAUAUAGUAAAUGUGUCUUAGAGAAAAAUCUUCUUAUGUAUACCUUUCCCCUGAAAUUGUCCUGUUUUAUAGUUAGUUUUUUUGAAAAAGAAAUCAAAGUUGUUCCAUAGCUACAGAGUUAGCUUAAUUUAUAUUGUCUAUGUAUCUGGAUCUGUUUUGUGUUUAUAUGUGUAGCAUGUAUGUGUUCUCUUUGUACUGUAUUUCUAAAACGGAUUAAAGAUUGUUACCUUUGA